GCUAUUUAAAAUUAUUUAGAGAUUAUAAUUUUAUUUAGUAUAGUGAACCUAAUGUUUUCAUUUUAUGUACAUAUCAAUGACUUACCUCAACUUAAAUGCUUAAUACUUAAUGACAUCUCUGAUAUGAUAAUAUUUUCCUGAUGUAAAGAUCACUGUCAAAAUAGCAGCAGAAUGCUGGAAAAUGGGCUGUGUUACAAGCAAGAAAGAUAUCAAUGACUUAUAUCCUAAUAUUUUUCAGGUAAGCAACGUUGAUGAUCUUGGUAAUCGUUUGAGUUCUGGACAGUUAGAAAUAAAUGACACAGAGCUUGUCCUCUAUCAGCGUGGCAAAGAACCUAUCAGAUGGCCCUUAAAAACUCUCAGGCGUUAUGGUUAUGAAAGACAAGUGUUUAGUUUUGAAACUGGUAGACGUUGCCCUACUGGUCCUGGAAUUUAUGCUUUCAGCUGUAGAAGAGCUGACAAGUUAUUUAAUUAUGUUCAGUCUCACAUUCAGAUUCGAAAUGACGAUACUUUGUCUCGAGACACAACUGUUACCAGGACUGGAGAUUAUUUGGAACCACGUCCAAGACUUUCUGUCAACAAUGGACCUAGUCGACUUAGUUCUGUGGGUAGCAGUAAUGCAUCACCCUCACCUCCACCCAACAAUGACUAUCCUCCACCUUACAACAUUUACUACGUCAAUGAUCCAGCACACAGACUUGAAGAACCAGCUGUACCGGUUAUUUCACCAGUCUCACCUACAGUAUCUGCCGAAAGUGAAGAAGAAGCAUUGUCUCCUGUAUAUAUGAACAUUGGUGGAGGUACUGUGCCAACACCAGUUGAAGAGGACGCAGGUCACUGUUACAUGAAUUUGGUGCCGGGGACAGUUGUACCCCCUCGCCAGCUUACCAUCCCACCUCCUGAACAGUUGCGGACCGUGAACUAUAUUGUGCUUGACCUUGACAAUGGUAGUCCACCCCCUCCUCCCUCACCUGGGGCCAGGCCUCUUUCUGAGGGCUAUGUAACUAUAGAUUUCAAUAAGACAGUUGCUCUCUCUCACUCAGUUAACCCAGAAGGAGUCGAUGAAGGUUCCCGAAAAACCAGGCACAACUCAGCAACUCCUCGUCAGAGCACAUCUUUGAGUGAUUAGACAAUAUUAUGGU